AUGGAUGAAGUUUUCUCUCAAAGCAAAAGAUUUUUCAAUUUGCCGAAGGAGGAAAAGAUGAAGCUUCUGAGGAAUGAGAAAACCCGAGGCUAUACCCCUGUUUUUGAUGAAGCUUUGGAUCGUGCCAAUCAGAUACAUGGGGACUAUAAAGAGGGAUACUACAUUGGAGUUGAAGUAUCUGAAGAUGACAUUGAUGAGCAGAAACCUUUUUAUUCACCAAACAUCUGGCCUAAUGAAGAUAUCUUGCCUGGAUGGAGGCAAACUAUGGAGAAGUAUCAUCAGGAGGCCCUCGAGGUGGCUAGAGCAGUUUCACGUUUAAUAGCCCUUGCACUUGACCUGAACAUCGAUUUUUUCGAUCAGCCUGAACUGCUUGGAAAUCCAAUCGCAACCUUACGACUGCUGCAUUAUGAAGAUCGAACUUCUGAGCCUGACAAGGGAAUAUUUGGAGCUGGUGCGCAUUCUGAUUAUGGUUUGAUUACCCUUUUGGCUACAGAAGACGUGGAUGGUCUUCAGAUAUGUAAAGACAAAGAUGCUAAACCUCAGAUCUGGGAGCAUGUACCACCAUUAAAAGGGGCCUUUAUAGUUAAUCUUGGUGAUAUGCUGGAACGCUGGAGCAACUGCAUGUUCAGAUCUACGCUUCAUCGAGUAUUGGGCAAUGGCUCGGAAAGAUACUCUAUAGCAUUCUUUGUUGAGCCGAGUCAUGAUUGCAUUGUUGAAUGCCUCCCGACUUGCCAGUCAGACAAGAACCCUCCGAAGUAUCCCCCAAUCAAAUGCAAAGAUUACCUGCGUCAGAGAUAUAAGGAGACUCACGCUGACCUCACUUCCUACAAAUAG